UGAAUAUUCGUAAAUUUAUUUUACAUAAUUUUAGAUAUAUCCUGAACUUUAUCGAAAUUAAAAAUUUUUGUCAUUUAAAGAAACGCGGUACUUUAGAUUAUUAAAUAUCAACGUAAUCCAGUUGGAUAAUAUUCCUUCAAAAUUAUUUUUCAUCGCUUGGAAUUUCUUAGUGGACAAAUUAAAAAAUACAUAUACAUAAUUAGAUGUCGUUCUUCGUUGAUAUCGUAACGGAGGAUUCCUUUUACGAGAAUCUCACGUUGGGUGUAGUGAAGAUUCUCGAAAGUUUUCCAUACGUAAAAAAUGUACGAGUCGACCGUAGAAACGGAUGUGAGACUAUGGCCAUUACCAACUGGGAGCAACGUCAUUGUGUUACGCUCCCGGAGAACGUUAGAAACUUCUACGCUGCAAUCGACGGUUUCCUGCUUCAAUGGAACCUCGAGAUAGCAGGUGAAGAAUUUCCUGUAGGACGUAUGGAAAUUGGCACGCUUUCCUCUCUAAAGCGCUACGCAAACAAUCCCAAAGAUCAUCAAACAGAUUCCAUGAAGCAAGAACUCGACACUGACACUCAUAAGCGAGAUAAUGAAGUUACUUCCAAUAGCAUAACUGACCUUGAAAAUCCAAAUUCAAUUAAUUUGCAAGGAAAUGAUCAUAGUUGCAAGAUGUUUGAAAUCGCAAGAUGCUUCCCAGAGAGCGGAAUGGCCAAAGUUUAUUUAUUAUACCGCAUGAAACAUGAAGAAGAAUCACCAACAAUCUGGUUGCAUCGAGAAGAUACUAAUAGAUGGUAUCAUUUGGCAAAUAAUUUCACUGUGUAUUUCCGUAUGAUGCUGGUCCAUUUGGGUUUGCCAUUGUGGCAGUCUUGCGUGUCUGGUUUGUCUCUGCCUCCAUGGGUCGAGCAAGUCUACUUUCUCAUUGGUCCUCAUCUACUUCCUUCAGCUGUUGAGCCCACGGAGACUAUUUCUACUACCAUAUGGAAUAACGGGCCCAUAAAUGUUAUCGAUCCAGCAAUUUUUAAAGGGAAGGAAGGAAAGCAGAAGAGCUCCAAGAAAAAGUAAUUUGUAUGAUCUUUUGGUCUUAUCUGGUAGUAGUUAUUGGAAUCUCUAUAGCUAAAUGGAGUUCCCAAGUAAAUAAAAUUGAUAUUCAAGUUUAGUGGAAUCUCUCCUAAUGAAAGAUCUUGUUGUACUUUACAGAUGAAACCUUUCAUAAUCAUAUUUGUAUUGCUAUGAUAGAAUAGAAGCCUGAUAUAUAAUUAUAUAAAGAAAUAAAUAUUGGUAAUAGAAGGCUAAUACAACUCUAUUGAAUUUCAGUGUUUAAUGUAUUUUACCCAUAGUACGAUUCGAGUAAUAAUUAUCUUUCUUUCUUAAAGAAUCCGCUGGUAAAGUGCAACGAAACUCUCCAAAAUUCUCCUAUAAUCCAAUAUCUCUACCACCCACAGUUCUCCCAGCAAUAAAUUCUCUCUAACCUCUACCAUCAUAAUACCAUAUUUCCUUUCUCCAAACAAUAUCCUCUUCAUCCAACCACCAUCUACAUUUUCAAAAAAACUUAUUCCACCGCAUAAAGCAAUCAGUAGAAAUAAUAUACUCUUUUCCCUUUCUGUUGAAAUUGGCCAGGCAAACGACGAAACCAUUCGGAUGAGUAGGUUUAUUUUGAGAACUAAAGAUCAUGCGAUGCUUCAAUAUUUUAGCGUUAUCCUUAGUCACGUGAGUCAAUGAAACGAAGUGGACACCGCGCUUUGUUCUGAUCUAUCGUUCAAAAGCAACGGAGGAAGAUUAAGAAAAAAAUAUCGAUAAAAACAGAAAAUUGUAUACUUUUCUUUUUUGCAUCUAUUUUGUAGGUGUCCACGGCGACCCUUGGCUUAGUUGGCACAAAGUUAACGCAAAAACACCAAAUGAAACGAAUUGGCAAUACGCCCUUCCCCGUUGGCAAACGUGGACGUCCAUGGGACGCAGUCACUUCGUCGCCGUUCAUGAAAACUAUCCGCGCAUUUUUCUCUCGAUUGUGGCCAGUGAAUUCGGAUUGCAGCUUUACUGGCAUCCGACAUUUCCUCUCUUUUCCUUCUUCCUCCCUUCGUCUUCCGGUUCUUCUUCUAUCGCAUAUUCGAUUUAUCCCCUGGCAAUGCUAUUCAUUGAAUCCGCCGAUCCGUUCACGUAUAAAUCUUCUUUGUUUUUUUAACUAGCUUCCCCAGGUAUUAUUUCCAAAAAUUUUUUGGAUGGCAAAUAAAUGAUCAUUUCAAAUGUUGAAAUUAUCAAUUCGAAUUUAUGUCCAGUCUACAAAUGUUAUGUUGAUUUCUAUGUUAGUUCCCCGUGCAUAACAAGCAUAUUUUCAUAUUUUGGGCAAUCUGUUGGACAAACUGUUCACGCCAAGCUCUUUUUAUCUGUUCUAGGCUUUCGAACAAUCUGAAAAAAUUCUGUGGCAUUUAUGGAAAUUUCUACUAUAUUAUACAGUCCACUUUUAAUUGAAACGUUUGAAGGUUUCUUCAAGAAAAUUAGAAUUUUGCUUAGAAGAAAUGCACGUAUGAAGUUUUAUAAACGGUUCAGGUGGUCCGUAUUAAAGGAUUGAAGUUGAAAUUCUUAAUAAGUUUCAUUUCAUUUAAUUAUCGUGAUAUUUGAUCUUUUCUUCUUCGAGUUCCGUAUUAAUAGAAUGUCUUCUUUCGGGUAUGGUCGUGUAUUACGCUGUUCGUCAAAACUUCUGCGUUGACUUGUUAAGAUAAAGGGCAGAUCGAAGACAAGAGAGGAAAGGCGAACCUAAAUAUAGCUCGUUAGAGGUAGAGAAAAUCGAUUUAUACAUAAAAUAAGUAUUCGUAUCUAUACUUAGCCCUGGCCUCCCAACGCGAACCACUAUUCGAUUAAGACGCCUUGUGCCAUAAAACAGUUAAGACGAUCACAUAAAAAUACUAUGAAACCGCGAUCGCGUAUUCCUUUUGCAUGAUUGCCUGAGUCAGGUUGCUCGUCCUUCGACAAUCAGUAAAAUAUUAGCGCAUAGUUUCUCGUUAACGCACUAUAUGUCGACACGUUCAAUGCAAACUUGAAGGGUUCCACAGAAACUUUAAAAUGAGGUCAAACAGCUGCACAACGAUAUUUAAUUACACAAAAAUAGCAAUUUCAAUUAAUUAUUUGUGGUUUUGUCGUUUCUAUCCUGAGAUAUUUGACUGAAUAUUCGCCAUAAAUUAAUGGUAAUUCACAUUGCAUAUUAUAAAUUGUGAUACGAUUAACUCUAUAGAGAAAAUUAUAUUAUAUAUAUAAAUUUUGAUAAGAUUGAUUCCAUAGCGAUCUUAAUGAAAGUUCUAUGAAGAAUUCGAUAAAUAAAACUCAAAAAAUAAAGCAAUAGCAUAAAUGAUUCACAAUCAAAUCCUCUAGCAAAUAUACAGUAAUUCAUGAAAGUAUUUGUAUUAGUAUUUUUAUGAGUAUAAUAUGUGCGUUACACAAGACUUUUCAAUUUCAUUAGCAGAGUAACGAGACGUCACGAUUAUAUGAUCAUGAUAUCAUGAUUACAAUGAUAGAAUUUCAAACCAAUGUGGAAAUAUACAGGGUAAGUCAUCUAACUCCACUACUUGAAUUACUUAUAAACUGUUGAUCAUAUGAAAAAAUCUUUCAAGUUGUAUAGUAUCAAUGGCUAGUUUACAAUAAAUAUCUCGUAAUAAUAUUUGUUUCAAAUAUUACCAAUGUGAUCGUGAUUCAUACAUUAUACAAGAUCUUUUGUAUAGUAUACAUAAUAUAUUUAAAAAAUCUUAUCAAAUGAUCAAAUAUUUUCAUGACCUACUAUAUAAGAGGGAAGAAACAUUAUAUUGUACAUAUUUUGUUUAGUUUCAAGGAUCGCUCAUCAUAAAGGAUGUUAAACCUUAUUAAAUCAA